UUAUAGGUACGUUUUAAAAGUGUGUACGCAACUAGAAGAAUACCAAGAAUUGAAACUUGAUAUCUUGACUGAGUUCUUCAUUACUCAUUUACUGUUUGAUAUGAUAUAGUUAUAAACUAGCGUUAUCACUAAUUACGAACGUAAAUGAAUAUUAAAUACUGAAAAUAAAAGUAAUAACUUUGUGUUUUAUUGUUGAAAAAAUGGAAGUUGAGGGUCAUACACGAUUCCCCAAACAUGAGGUUUCAUUUCAAUGGAAAUUAGACGGAUUAAUGGGAUUAAUGGAAGCUGCUAGUUUUGAUAAACUUGACAAAACACUUAAAUCGCCACAAUUUUCAGCACGAUCACAGUUGAAUCUUAAAUGGCGUCUAGAGCUACAAUUACUAAAUCACGAUCAAACAGAUAACAAAGGAUGGGCUAAAAUAGGAUUACGUUUGGAUGAUGGAACAAGCGAAGUAAGAGCAGAAGUUACGUUUUUUAUGUUGAAUAGUAAAAAAGAAAGAGUGUUUGUUCUACCACCAUUCUGCAGAACCUGUAAAGUUAGUAAAUGUUGGGCAUACGAUUGUUUUUUUGAAAUAGACAAAUUGUUAAAAAAUAAAGAUGAAUACUUGUCUGACAACAUGGUAACGAUAUGCGUUGAUCUUGUGAUAUAUGACAAUGAAACGUCAAGUUUGAUUGAAAAUGAAUUUAAAUUUUCAAAACGUCGAAUUGUUGAUGAUCUUGAAGAACUUUUUGACAGUAAACUAAAGAGUGAUGUAGUCUUGAUAGUGGGCGAUAAAAAAAUAAAAGCUCAUAAAAGUAUUUUGAUAGCACGUUCUCCUGUACUUGCUGCAAUGUUUAUGCAUAAUACAGUUGAAAAUAAAAACAAUGAAAUAAAUAUUAUCGAUAUAAAAGCUGAAAUAAUUGAAAAAAUGAUCAAGUUCAUUUACACAGAUAAAGUUGAAAAUAUUGAUGAUGAUGCUGAAUAUUUAUUGGAAGCGGCUGACAAAUAUCAAGUGCAAAUGCUGAAAGAAUUGUGUGAAAAGUCACUUAGUAAGUCAGUGACUACUGAAAAUGCUGUAAAAAUUAUGAUUUUAGCAGAUCGCCAUAAUGCUAAGCAGUUACUGGAAUUUGUUAACAAUUUUAUAGUUACUAAUGCCAAAGCUGUGAUUAAAACAAACGAUUACAAGUUGAUGGAAAAAUCAAAUUUUCAUUUAUUAUCAACGUUAUUCGAAAAAAUCGUUGAUUUGACAAAAUUAUCUGAUAGCAAAUCUUAAAUUAUUGAUAAGACAACUGGGAAAAACAUGAUAGCAAUUAAUUAAUGAUGUGAGAAGAUUUAAAUCCGAAAUUCUGCUUAUUCUAAAAUUAAUUUUCUCUUGAUGAUUUUCAUUACACAGUUAAAUACCUUAUGCCCUUUUUUUGUACUUUGAUA